AGGAGUAGAAGGACUAGAGGCAGCAAUAGUUUCAGAUGAUAAACUUGAAGCAUCAGAACCUCUCCACCUGUUUGAUUACUACAACAAUACAUGUCCACUUCAGCAGUCACGUACCAUACGAACAGAAGAGGCUGUGCUUAUCAGUCUUUGUAUUUUGCAAGAUAAACUAGUGCCAAAGGGAAUGCAGUAGCUAGUUAAUAUAAAAACAUUACAAUACAUUUUGCUUACUAAUAUCGUAUUGUAGUCAUGCCAUAUGGUGGAAGUAGGUUUGCUUGUGUGGAAUGUGCAGAUGUUUAUAUUUACAAAUAAGCAUCAUGUACAUACCAGUACUGACAUGUUUAUGUAGAAAAUAUUUUCAUUGUGCUGUAAUCAUGUAAACUGGAAAGAGGUACACAUUUAUGUGUAAGCUGAAAGAGGGAAAGUGUUGUAUGAGAAGAAAAAAAGAUAGGAUGCAUGAUUAUUAUAUCGUAAAGGUAUGGUACUGUAUUUCAAUAAAGGAAAUUGUUAUCAACUAAGAGGAGUUGUCCGUAGAUAUCACACAGCAACAAAAAAAAUAAUUGCAAUUGGAGUUCCAAGUUUAUCAUGAGCUUCCAGAAAUGACCAGCUGAUGGUAAAAAGGAAUUAUAUUAGCCUGAAAAAGAUCAAAAUUCAAAAUUUAAUAAAGCUUCUAAAACGUGCAUUUCCACAAAGGUAAGCAGAAUAAAAUGGAUGUAAGUGUAUUAACAGUUCAUAAUUAAUUUAAAUUCUCCAUAGGGAAGUGGAACAGAAUUCUUCCUCUAUCAGCUAUGCAUGUCAUACGAGGCAACUAAAAUGCCAGGAGCAAGAGGCUAGUAACCCCUUCUCUUGUAUACAUUACUAAUUUUAAAAAGAGAAACUUUCAUUUUUCUUUUUUAGGUCACCCUGCCUUGGUGGGAUAUAGCCGGUUUGUCAGAAAAAAAAAUUAAUUUAAAUAUGUCUUAAUGAAGACAGGCAUUUUUGGGCAGUUAUGAAGUGGCACAGUUAAAUUGUAGCAUUAUAGUUAACCUUUACAGUACUGCAUGUUUUAAAUAAAUGAGACAUUACGUUGUAUGUACAUUAAUCUUUACUACCUGACUUUUCUUGCCAAAAAGAAAUUAACUUUCAAUACUUUGUGGCUAGUGUGAAAUAGCAGACAUAACUAAAGGAAACAGAUUGCAAGAUUCUAAAUGGACGUGAUUGUUAAUAUCUAGAUAAGAGGGUUGCUGACAUAGAUUAACUUCCUCAAAGUAAAUGCAACAAAUUAUACAAAAAAAAAAAAUUAACACACUGAUCAUCUCAGCACCAGGGUAUGUUUGUUUUAUCUGACCUCUCCAACAGUCCUGCCAGACUUGCAUUUUAUUUUUUAACUAUUUGCUACAUCAACUUUGACCUUUUCCUUCUUUUCUGCCAAUGGUCUUUCCUUAUCCCUUCCACCUCACCCAUCUACCAUCUCUCUCAGUACUAAUGUGUACCAGUGAAUAGCCUUACCAGAUUUAGCACUUUCCAUAAGUAUAAAAAGAUUGUACUGUGGCUGAAAGUAUAAUGGAUUUAGGAGUUCAAAGGUCAUGCAUAACUCAUGAUCUUAGUCUUUGUCUGAAAUCUUUUAAUUUCAUAAGUGCCUUUUUCUAGGUAGUAGGUUGGUAUACAGCAACCGCCCAGGGAGGUACUACUGUCCUGCCAAGUGAGUGUCAAACGAAAGCCUGUAAUUGUUGUACAUGAUGGUAGGAUUGCUGGUGUCCCUUUUUCUGUCUCAUAAACAUGCAAGUUUUCAGGUACAUCUUGCUACUUCUACUUACACUUAGGUCACACUACACAUACAUGUACAAGCAUAUGUAUACAUACCCCUCUGGGUUUUCUUCUAUUUUCUUUCUAGUUCUUGUUCUUGUUUAUUUCCUCUUAUCUCUAUGGGGAAGUGGAACAGAAUUCUUCCUCUGUAAGCCAUGCGUGUCGUAAGAGGCGACUAAAAUGCCAGGAGCAAGGGGCUAGUAACCCCUCCUGUAUAUAUUACUAAAUUUAAAAGGAGAAACUUUCAUUUUUCCUUUUGGGCCACCCCACCUCAGUGGGAUACGGCUGGUGCAUUGAACGAAAGAAGAAAAGAAGUGCCUUUUGUUCUUUUAGGUACACUGCAUGAUUUAAGAUAGCCAAAUUAAAGUUCAGAGGCUUAUUCACAAGCCUCUUGAGUUAUUCUUCUUUCAACAAACCGGCCGUAUCCCACCGAGGCAGGGUGGCCCAAAAGGAAAAACAAAAGUUUCUCUUUUUAAAUUUAGUAAUUUAUACAAGAGAAGGGGUUACUAGCCCCUUGCUCCCGGCAUUUUAGUCACCUCUUACAACACGCAUGGCUUACGGAGGAAGAAUUCUGUUCCACUUCCCCAUGGAGAUAAGAGGAAAUAAACAAGAGCAAGAACUAGAAAGAAUAUAGAAGAACACUUAGAGGGGUGUGUAUAUAUAUGCUUGUACAUGUAUGUGUAGUGUGACCUAAGUGGAAGUAGAAGUAGCAAGACGUACCAGAAAUCUUGCAUGUGUAUGAGACAGACAAAAGACACCAGCAAUCCUACCAUCAUGUAAAACAAUUACAGGCUUUCGUUUUACACUCACUUGGCAGGACGGUAGUACCUCCCUGGGUGGUUGCUGUUAACCAAUCUACUACCUAGCCUCUGAGUUAUAUAAGAAUUAAUAUGAAUCACACUCAUCUUGUACACAUAGCACAUGCACAGUAGCAAAUACAUUUCUGUUAUUAAAUUCAAGAUAAUACUGUACAUAUUGCCAAGAAAAAUAUAGUUCUAAAGUCACAGGGUAAAUGCCACAGAGCUGAAGUAAAGAUCCAAAAAGAUCUCAAAAUAAUAGUGGCUUUAAUAAUGCAAUAUUAUAAUGGGCAAAAAAAGUUCAGGUUAUGUAGCUGCAAAUUUACUAAUACACCAACAUCAUAAAAAUACAUCGGAAUUUUUGGAUUCUGUGAGUUAACCAGAGAAUGCCUCAUCUGGUCAGCUUCAACAUUCAAUGUUAGCAUGUUUCACUUAGUAGAAGACCUUUAGUAGACUUUGUAGCCUCAAUAUUUGCUAAUUUUAUUAAUAAAAAAUGUGGAAUAUCA